CUAAAUGUCAAAGGUUAAUUAAAUUAUAUAAUUGACUCAAAAGUAGUACCUAAAUAAUCAUUAUAAUAGAACAAUUUAAUUAGAUAAAAACCCACUCCCCAAUCCCCAUUUUUUUAGCCUUUUCUUCCCCACAAGCGGAAAAACUCCCGGCGAACUUCCUCCGGCGAUAAUCCCCGAUUGCCUGCACGAACCCCGGCGAAUUGCCCAGUUUGUCCCUUCACAGCCACUCUUACUUCGUAUAACUGAGAAAAUCCCUUCUUUUUUGGGAGAAGGCUAUACGUACACGGAGCAGUGUGUAUAUACGGCCGAUAAUGUGCGAAUGGCUCAGUUCAGGCAAUCCGGCGGCGGCAUCAACGGGUCCCGAAACGGCGUCGUGCCGGAUCACGUGUCGGUUGGAGUCCGCGGCGGCGCGAGGCACCUGCACCACCGGCGAUCGAAGGCCCCGUCGGCUUACAAGAUCUCCAUCUGUUUCAGCGUCUUGACGCUCUCUCUCAUCCUGUCGAUCUACGCUUUCUUCUUUCUCUCGCUGCCAAGCAAAGGAGUGGAAAUUCACAGACAUCAAGCUCAGGAUGAUGACACAGGCAACGAAACUGAUUUUCUUAUGGACGUGACACAAAUACAGAAACCCAAAGAACUCAAAUUUGGCCGUGGAUCAGUCGCUCAUGGUCGAGACUCAAGGUACUGGGAUAAGGAUGAUAGAAGAAGGGAUGAGGAUUAUACCGAAGAGGACCUCGAACUAGCUCGUGGUGGCUCAGUGGAUAAGAUUCAGACUUUGUUGAAAAACAGAGAUAAAAAACCUUACAAUAACCAAUCUCAUCAAGUUUCUGAUCACAAAGGGAGUUCCUUGUACAAUGAGGCUGGUCGCAAUGAAUUGAAAAUGUACGAGGCUGAAUACGAGGCCUCUCUAAAGACUGUUGGUGGGUCCACGGACACUCAUGGCUUUUCAAACCGGCAAUCUGAUGAUGCUGAUGGGAGGGAUCACAGCAUACUGGACGAUGCUGAUGAUUAUGAUGAUGGUAUUGAUUUCCAGGAUGAUCAGAUGGAAGAAGGUGAGGAUAUGCAUGAUGAGACUGACCGAUCAAGUGCUGCCAAAAUCCGUGUUAUCAGCUCUGGGGGGGCUUCGCGUGUGGAUUAUGAUAGGAAAAUUGAACAAAACAUCGAUGAGAAGGUUGAUAAAGGGGAUGCAAUCUCUGGGCAUGCGGGUGGUGCAGAAAGUCAGCCUGUUCGGAGGCAGAUUCCUGAAAAGCGCUCGGGUUCGAAAAAGAAGCCUAAGCGUCGAAAAUUCUCUGAGAGGGAAGAGAAGCCCAUUGAAGAUGAGAAAUGGGAACCAAAAUUUGCUGGACAUCAAAGUUUAGGAGAACGGGAAGAAUCUUUCAUUGCUCGUGAUCAGAAAAUUAACUGUGGCUUUGUGAAAGGCCCUACAGGGUCACAAAGUACAGGGUUUGACUUAGCAGAAGAUGAUGCAAAGUACAUUAGCAGUUGCCACAUUGCUGUUAUGUCUUGCAUCUUUGGUAAUUCUGAUCGCUUGAGAUCGCCAAUAGGCAAGACAGUAUCUCGACAAUCAAAGAAAAACGUAUGCUUUGUUAUGUUUGUGGAUGAAGUAACUUUACAGACUCUAUCAUCAGAAGGCCAAAUGCCUGAUAUGAUGGGAUUUGUUGGGUUGUGGAAGAUCGUAGUGGUCAAGAAUCUUCCUUAUACGGAUAUGCGGAGAGUAGGGAAGGUACCAAAGUUUUUGCCACAUCGACUUUUCCCUUCAGCCAGGUACUCGAUUUGGUUGGACAGCAAACUGCGUCUCCAGCUCGAUCCAAUGCUUAUCUUGGAAUAUUUCCUGUGGAGAAAAGGUUACGAAUAUGCUAUUUCAAAUCACUAUGAUCGCCACUGUUUAUGGGAAGAGGUUGCCCAGAACAAGAAGCUCAACAAGUACAACCAUAGUGUUAUAGACGAGCAAUUUGCAUUCUAUCAAGCAGAUGGGAUGAGAAGAUUUAAUGCAUCAGAUCCUAACAAGCUUCUACCCAGCAAUGUACCUGAAGGGUCUUUCAUUGUCAGGGCUCAUACGCCAAUGUCGAAUUUGUUUUCUUGCCUUUGGUUUAAUGAAGUCGAGCGGUUUACGCCUCGUGACCAGCUGAGCUUUGCCUAUACAUAUCACAAGCUGAGAAGGAAGAAUCCCGACAAACCCUUUUAUCUGAAUAUGUUCAAGGAUUGUGAGAGGCGAAAAAUUGCUAAAUUGUACCAUCACAGGUCGGAGGAGAAGAGGAGUAUACCGCAACAAACAACGGAGUAGUUUUUUCAUGAUGUUGAGCUUUGCUGAGAAAACCGGUAAAUUUGUUCUUUUAAAGUAAUAUGGAUUAUGGGGAAAAGAUCGUGCAUCUUCGAAGCACAGCCAUGUAAACUUACAACUUGCUAUGAGGAAUGGUAAAAAAGCUCACGUUGCUUUUGCUCGACAUAAUACGAGCAAGCUGAGGCCAACUCUUUUUGCUGGUUCCCCCAAAAAUUUGCUUAAAGAUAGAACAAAAGCAGCACAGACUGUGAUUGUAGAUCCUCAAUUCAAUUCUUUUAGUUAUAUAGAUUGGAAUGUAUAAUGAUAAAAGAAGCACCUGAUAUCUUUGUAUGAAUAUUCAUUUUGAUAAUAUCACCUGGUGAGGUUUGCUAGUUUUGUUGUCCCUUGGGGUUAAAAAUAAUAAGGUUUCUAAUUUUUUGUGCUAAAUUGAUAAUUGUACUGUGCUUUUUGGGCAAAAUUAG